AUGAUUAAUUUGGAAAAUUUUGAUCAAACAAAAUUCAAAAAUCCCAUUCUAGAUAGGUACUAUAUUUCUAAUGCAAAAGUCCACGUUCAAUUUAGGCUUGUAAAUUAAUUGGAAUCCUACCAUAAGAAUUAAUUUAGAUAACUUUAUAAGAAUUAAAGUAAAGAAGACCAGAUUUGAAACUGGACAAGUAAGAUUGGUAAAAAUUCUGGGAACACUAAGAAAUAAAAAGAUAAUAAAAAUUAGAAGCUUGUAUUGAGACAAGAUAAUAAAUUAUUCAAGCAGGUGGCAUGUAAGGAAAUGAUAAUGAUGAAUAAAAUUUUAAGGAUUCAAGGAUGUCAGAACAAUAAAGUAAUGCAAUUGAGAGAGAGAAAAGAGAAUUGGAGAAGAUUAAAUAGAGACAAUAAAAAGAAAUAGAUUAAAUGUUGGAAUAUGAAAGAAGGAUGUAAGAAAUUAGAUAGAGGAAUGAGGAGAAAUAAAGAAAAUAAAUGGAGAAAUAGAUGAGAAGAGAGCAAGAAUUAUAAGAAAAAAGACUAUAAUAAGAAUAAGAGAAAUAAAUGAGAGAAGAAGAGAAAAAAAGGAAAUAGUAAGAUGAAGAGAGAUAAUAAAAGUAAUUGGCUAGUGAACAUUUCAGAAGAGAAUAAGAAAGAGCAAAAAUGGAAUAAGAAAAAUAAUAUUAAUUAAAAAUGGAAGCAAAAAGAAAAGAAGAAGAAAGAAGAUUAAAAUAAAUGCAAUUCUAGUAAUAAACACAAUUAAUUUAAUAAUAAUAUGAAGAGGAAAUGUAAAAGAAAAGAUAAAUUAUGUAAUAAAAAGAAAUUGAACGACUUUAAACUAUUGAGAUUUAAAGAUAAUAAAGAAUUUAAGAAUCAUAAUAAGCUUAAUAAGAAUUAGCUAUUAAAUUAGUAAAUGCAAGAGUAAAAUAAGAGGAAUAAUUGAAUAAUAUGAAGAAGGUAUAUAUAAACAAUAUUAUUAUAUUAGUCUUUUGAUUUUAAAUAAUAAAAAAUAGAACAGAGAAGAAGAGAAUUUGAAGAGAUGAAAAUGUAAAAGAUGUAUGAAAAUCAAAUACAAGCAUUAUAACAUCAAGAGAAGAUAAAGGAAGUGAUGGAAAAGAAUUAGAUUUAAGAAGAAAAAAAGAAAUAUGAUUAUUUUAGUAAAUUAUAAGAAGUUGAAUAAAGAAAGGAAGAAUUAGAAAGGUUAAAACAAUAAGAAUUAAUUGCUAGAAAAUAAUAAAUAUAUGAAAAAGAAAUAUAAAGAUAAUAAGUAUUAUAAAAUAAUGAAAAAUAAUUGGAAUAAAAAACAAAUGAUUUUUUAAGGAAAUUUUAAGAAAAGGAAUAAUUAAUAUAUGAGGUAAGCAAUAAUUCGAUUAUUUAAGAAAUAAUUUGAAAAAUAAUAAAUCUAACAUGAGUAAAAAGUAAAAGAACUUUUAAAGGAAUAAGAUAAAAAGGAAGCAUUAGAAAGAAUUAUGAGAUUGUAAGAAUAUGAGAAGGAAUUAUAGAGAUAAAAAUUAUAAGACAAAAUGAGAAGAGCUGAAAUGUUAUAAAUGGAAAAAAACUAAAUGUUAGAAUAAAGAAUGUUAAUUAAAAAAGAGAUUGGGUUUCAAAAAUAAGAAUUAAUGCAAAAAUUAGAAUUAGUCAAAUUAGGAAAAUUAGAUCCAUCAGCUUUAAAUCCUGAUGGAAAUAGUAUUCGUGCAUCAAAUAGCUUAUAAAACAGUUACCAUAAUGUUCGACGUAUUUUAUAAUUUAAAUAAUAGCAUCAACUGCAAAAUAUUAAAAUACUCUAUCAAAUAAAGAUAUGCGUCAUAUUAUUAGACCAAAAUCAUAAUAAUAAAAAGUGUUAACAAAUUCUUCAAAUACUUAAUAUGGUUCUCAAAAUUAAGGAAAGUUUAAUUUAUCUAAUAAAUAUGAAAAUUUAUUAGAUUAAUUGAAGGUUCGAUAAAAUUAAGAAAUGAUAGAUGUAUUAAUUAAAUUAUAUUCUAAAGGUCUUAGAAGAGGAGUAAUAAUUAGAAUUUGAAAGAGAAUAAGCUAUGGCUAAUGCAAAAAAUCCUGAAGAAUAAAAGAGACUUGAAAAACUAUUUCAGAUAGAAAGAAAUAAAACUAACUAAAGAUUAGAGUAAAUUAAGAGGUAAUUAUUUGAUGAUAAACAUUAGAGAGCAUUAAAGAUAAUAGGAGGAAUUUAGAAAUUAAAGCUGA